AUCCCCGCGGGGAUCCCCGAGAGCCCUUCCGCGGGGGUCGGCAGGGCCCCCCAACACCGGAGGAGGGGGGGAAUCCCUCCUCCCCGCCCGGCCUCCGCGUACGCCCCGUCCCUCGGCGUGGGCGCCUCCAUCAGCUCCGCCGGCAUCUCCCCUCCCCCUCCCCACACACCCACACACUCUUCCCCAUCCCUCCUCCCCGCCACUCCGCAGCAGCGUGCUUUUGCAGCCUGUGCAGCUCGUGAGAAAGGAGACCCUUUCGGAGGAGCAGCAGCAGCCGCGGACACGCCGGGGCCAAGCAGGGAGGAUGGCCGGGGGGCGCCUCCCGGGACUGCUCUUCCUCUUGCACGCCGCGGCUCGCCUGGCUGCCGAGCAAGAAGUUGAAAAUCUCUCCGGGCUCUCCCCUAACCCCGAAAAGGACAUUUUCGUGGUGCGGGAAAACCGGACGACGUGUCUCAUGGCGGAAUUCGCCGCCAAGUUCAUCGUCCCCUACGACGUGUGGGCCAGCAACUACGUGGAUCUGAUCACGGAGCAAGCCGAUAUUCCGCUGUCGCGGGGAGCCGAGAUGAAGGGCAAGUGCGGCACCAACGAGUCGGAGCUGGAGAUCUCCUGGCUGGAGCAAGCGUACACCCUCAAACUCUUCUUCCUGAAGGAGGGACACAACACGUCCCGGGGCCCCGAGGCUUUCUGGAGGCUCAGCCGGAUCCAGUUCACCUAUGACACCACCGAGCGCACCUACUUCAAGGACGCCGUCAGCCCCGGGAAGCACACGGCCAACUCCCACCGGCUCUCUGCCCUGGUCACCCCGGCUGGGAAGUCCUACGAGUGCCAGGCGCAGCAGACCAUCUCCCUCAUCUCCAGUGACCACCAGAAGUCUGUGCAGCUUCUGCUGUCGGAAGUGCGCAUCCAGCCCUUUGACAUCACUGCGGAUUUUGUCUUCAGUGAAGAACACAAGUGCCCGGUGGACCAGAGGGAGCAGUUAGAAGAAACCCUGCCUCUGAUUUUGGGCCUGAUACUGGGGUUGGUUAUCGUGAUAACCCUCUGCGUUUACCAUAUCCACCACAAGCUGACAGCCAACCAGGUGCAAAUUCCUCGCGACAGAUCUCAGUACAAACAUAUGGGCUAGGGGACAGGAUCGAGCAGCCCGAAUAUUUAUCAGGUAGAAAAAGCAAAAGCACUUUUUUCUAAGGGUGAGGAAAUGUUAAGGGGGGGGGGGGGGCAAAAGACGGUAUUCACAACACCUGAUCGUGGGUAUUUUGUGGGGAUACACACGGUAAGGUUAGGCUUUGGUACGGUCAGUGCGGAGACAUUGCUGUCUCUGCAAGAGACUCAGCAGCUGGUUGUAGGAGGCUGGGGCAGGAGGUGGUAUGAAUACCUUCUUAACCGCUGGGCCCGGCAUCUGCAGACAGAAAUGCUUCACUUAUCAACGUUUAACACUGGGGGCAAAAUUAGCUUGUUAUUUAAGUUAUUUUCCUUCCCCCCCCCGGGAUUCUUAGCUCCCCAGCACGCCGCUCUUGGCAGCGUUCAGCCCUCUCCGUUCACGUCUGUGCAGGGAGCAGGGCUGGGGGACAGAGCCAUUGCGCAGGCUUCACUAAAGGUCCUCUGCUGAAGGGACUCAGACCACAUCCCUGGAGUUUGCACUCAUGUUAAGGAAAGCAUGAAGGCAAUACAGGUGUGUCUGAAAAACUAAAAUAAGGGCCAGAACCUCAAGCUGGUAUAAACUGGAGUAACUCCAGCGCAGCAGAUCGCAGCCAGCUGAGGAGCUGACCCCACACUCGAGGCUGAGCGAGGAAAGUUUGUUUUUGCUUCUUGAGCCACACCUGAGCUAAACUUAAAAAUAAAAAAUAAAAUAAUAGAGUAUUGAUACACCAAUUAUAAAGUGCCAUGCUACUGCAAGUCAACCGAGAAAUGCUUCUGGCUGGACAUCCUGCACGUAUUGUGAUUGUUGUUGAGAUGUUACAUUGCUACCUGCAACUGGUAUUUUCCACAAAGAAACAAAACAAAACAAAAAAAGAAAACAGAAAUGUUAAAGUUACUAUGCAGAUUAUUCAGGUGUAAUCUAAUGUAACAGAAAAAAAUAUAAGGAAACCCUUGAAAUCUGUCCUUAAAUGUAGACCAUUUUUAAAAUGAAUUAAAACAUGUACAUAUA